AUGCCUGAUACAGUAAAAGGUUUAAAGGAAGCAAACAAGGCACUGCGCUCUGAAAUUGAGGAAUUAAAGUCUCAACUGAACGAAGUCAGCCAAAAAAUUAUCUCACAGACUAACAAGAAACCGGCCAUUGAAGAUCAGCCGCAGGUCAUGUCAAACGACCACAAUAAAGCAGUAGAGUUUAUCGGCAAACAAUACGACGAUCUGGAUGCAUUUCGAAAACAAGCUACUCAAGAUAUUAAGAAAAUCGCUUCAAGACUUGAUAAAGUUAGUAGAAGCUGCGACGAAAUAUAUGAAGCCAUCGAAGCUAUCGAAACGUACAGCUAUCAGUAUAAUAUUAAGAUAGUUGGACUGCUGCCAGUUAAUGACAAAGAAUCGUCUAAUGUGACUGCAGCGCUUUGUGUAAAGCUUUUCUCAGAAUUGGGUGUAAAUGAUGUCUCUCUACAAGAUAUAGACACUGCCCAUCGUGUCCCGAAGCGGAAUCGAAAUUCACCUGCUAGUCCAGACCCAAUAAUCUGCAAAUUCGUCCGAAGGCUUGCUAAAGACAAAGUCAUGGCGGCAAGACGUAAAAUAUACGAACUAAAGCCCGAACAACUCGGAUUCCAAGCGCAGGAACAGCAUGGCCGAAUGAACAUCUACGAACAUCUAACACCUCGCCUUCAGACACUUCUCUUUGAGGCUAAAAAAGUGCAAAAUCGUUACGGAUUCAAGUACUGCUGGGCUAAGAACAACUACAUUUGUCUUCGAAAAUCUGAUGACUCCAGUGUAGUAAGAAUGAAGACACUUGAGGACCUGGCUACGCUGACAACGGUUGAAGAUGCAAAAUGA